CGGACUUUCAGAUGUAGCUACCUCACUAUGCUUCUGCAGUAGCGACACUGACACUGGCUCUGUGCUUCCCUGCACAUUUACCACCAUGAGACUGGUACUCCCAAACCCAGGACUGGAUCUCCGAAUCCCCGACUAUGACGAUCUGGAGAGAAUGGAGAAGGAGGACGUAGUGGGCCGGCCCAAGUGGGACAACAAAGCCCAGUACAUACUAACUUGUGUGGGCUUCUGCGUUGGUCUUGGCAAUGUGUGGCGAUUCCCGUACUUGUGCCAAAGUCAUGGCGGAGGAGCCUUUUUGAUCCCCUACCUGAUCCUGCUGGUGCUGGAAGGAAUGCCUCUCUUGCUGCUUGAGUUUGCUAUUGGCCAGCGGCUCAGGAAAGGCAGCGUGGGGGUGUGGAGGGCCAUCAGCCCCUAUCUGACUGGAGUUGGUAUUGCCUCCAUGCUGGUCUCCUUUUUGGUUGGACUAUACUACAACACCUUGAUAGCCUGGAUCUUGUGGUACCUCUUCAAUUCCUUCCAAGAUCCGUUGCCAUGGACUCAAUGUCCUCUUAAUGAAAAUAGGACAGAAUUUAUACCAGAGUGUCAAGGGAGCACCACGGUGGAUUAUUUCUUUUACAGAGUGACUCUGAAUAGCUCUACCUCCAUAUCUGAAUCCGGAGAAAUCCAGUGGCACAUAGUUAUCUGUCUGCUCACUGCCUGGUCAGUUGUUGCCAUCUGCUGUAUAAGAGGAGUCAGCACUUCAGGCAAGGCAGUUUACGUGACAGCCAUCCUGCCUUACAUUGUGCUGGCCAUCUUCCUGAUCCGAGGACUUACUCUUAAAGGGGCCCUGAGUGGACUAGAGUUCCUCUUCACACCAGAUGUAAAUGAGUUAAUGAAACCAACUACUUGGAUGGAUGCAGGUGCUCAAGUGUUUUAUGCCUUUGGUUUGGCAUGGGGAGGCCUCAUCUCCUUCUCAAGUUAUAAUCCUGUUCACAACAACUGCGUGCAAGAUGCAGUGAUCUUGUCUGUGGUCACUGGCUUCACCUCAGUGUAUGCCGCCACCGUCACCUACUCCAUCAUUGGCUUCAGAGCUACUGAACGAUACGACACCUGCAUCAGUGAAAAUAUCAUGGCUUUAACAAAUGCAUUUGAUCUUCGUGAGGACAACAUCACUUCAAGUAACUAUGAUACAGCUUUAAAGCAUCUGAACAGCACCUAUCCUGAUGUCAUUCUUGGGCUGAGUAUCCAAACCUGUGACUUGCCAAAACUUCUCAGUGAGGGAGUGGAGGGAACAGGUCUGGCCUUCAUUGUUUUCACAGAGGCCAUCACCAAGAUGCCCGGCUCCCCAAUCUGGUCGGUACUCUUUUUUGUCAUGCUUCUCUGCCUAGGACUUUCGACCCUGUUUGGCAACAUCGAGGGAGUGGUGGUGCCAUUGAAAGACUUGAACGUGUUCCCUAAAAAAUGGCCUCAUGAAGCACUGACCGGAUUGACAUGCGUAGUUGCUUUCAUCAUCUGCCUCCUGUUUGCGCAGCAGUCAGGACUGUACUGGGUUACUCUCUUUGAUAACUUUGCUGGAUCGGUUCCACUAUUGACCAUUGGACUGUUUGAGAUGAUAGCCGUUGUUUAUGUUUACGGCAUAGACAGAUUCAAUAAGGACAUAGAGUUCAUGGUUGGACAUAAACCAUCCAUCUUCUGGCAGGCUACUUGGAGGUUUAUCAGCCCCUUGAUUGUCUUGGUUAUCUUAGUUUUCUACCUGGUGACUCAAGCACAAGAGACGCUCACAGAUUUAGUCUGGGACCCAAACUCUGAAAAUUUCCCAGCUUUGGCAUCAAUACCCUACCCUUCGUGGAUCAACGCCAUGAUCUUUCUGUUGGCAGGAGUUCCCAGCCUGGCAGUUCCUAUGUUUGCAUUAUGUAGGCUGGUCUAUGUUUUCUGCAGAAAGAAAUGUUGUAAAUAGACAACAUGAGUUAUAGCUCCUGAACCGUUAAAGUCAUGCAUUUCACAGUGCAGCAGAAUGCAGGAUUAUUUCACAAGUUGUAUCAAAUAUCAAAUAUUGGAAUACCAUUGUUCUCACUUUGAUGUUUAUUAAAGGAUUCUUCAUGCAAAAUUG